CCUGGCUACUCUGGCACUAAAACAGCACUUUCUCUACUCGCCGCGCAUUUGGUUAGGGGUGGGGGGUGAGAGGGCACCGAUCUGCGGGGCCGGAACACCCAAAUCCCAACUCUCCAGAUGAACGAGCAACUGGGCUGCUGUUCCCGGUCACCGACGCACACGAAACGUUCAAUAAAUCCACCGAGGGCUGGCUCCUCGUACCUUCCUCCCCUGCCCCAGCUCCCCAGGCCCCACCUCCCCGGCAGGCUGGGAUCCACGUACUUUCGCCGAGAUGAAGUUUGGGGCUCCCCGGGCGGCCACGAGCCGCCCGCCGGCGUGAGGGCUGGCUCUGUUGUUGUUUUCCUCGGGCUGCUUCUGCCCGCGCCCCGGCUCCCGUGCCCCUCUCGGGCGGCGCUGCCUGUGUGUCGAGAGGUGCUGGUUGCAAACGCAGCCUGGCACCGGCUGGCCUACUACUCCCCAGCCCGGCCCCCAGCCUCCCGCCCGCAGGGCACUGCCUCCGCGCCCCCCGCCCCCCGCCGGCGCGGCCGCCGCGACCCUCGCCCCCGACCUCUCCCGACCCAAAGUUUUGGCGGAGGGGGAAAGUGCCCGGGGAGCGGAGCGGCCAGCGGCGGCUCCGGUCGCGCGGGGUUCCCUCCGUCUUCCUCAAGUCCACCCUACCGGCUGCCGCCGCCGCCGCCGCCGCCGCCGCUGCUCCUGCCGCGGAGUCCUUGGGGCUGCAGCCCGGCGGCUCGCAAUUACCUUCAGUCAACCGUGGUCCGGAAGCAGAUGAUCCUCCUUCUAAUGUAUCAUCAGAAAGUCAGUAGUAGCCUAAUGCUACGUCACAAUCCUGUGUUAUUCACCUCACUUUCUCUCAUUACGUAAGCAUUUUAUCAUCCCACAUCAUCACAGGAAGGGUGAGUACAAUGCAAUAAGAUCUUUUGAGAGAGAAAGCCCACAUUCAUGUAACUUCUAUUACAGUAUAUUGUUACAAUUGUUCUAUUUUAUUAUUAUUGUUGAUCUCUAACUGUGCCUAAUUUGCACAUUAAAAUUUAUCAUACGUGUAUAUGUGUAGGUAAAAACAUAUAUACAUAAAAGUCAUAUAUACAUAUAUGCAUGUACAUAGGGUUUGGUGGUUUGGUACUAUCUAUGGUUUCAGGCAUCCACUGGAGGUCUUGGAAUGUA